GUAUUCUAAUUUGGGAAAUCAGUCCCAAAUUUAUAAGUUGACUAUAAAACUUGGAGAGAUUCGUCAAGAAGAGGACAACGUCACCAAGUAUUUCAGUUAAUUGAAAAGAUUAUGGCAAGAUUUGGAUUUGUUUACUAAUUAUGAAUGGAAGUCUCCAGAGUAUUGAAAAAACUAUAAAAAGAUGGCAGAAGAUCAUCGCAUUUAGAAAUUUCUUGUUUGAUUAAAUGUUGAAUUUGAUAGAGUAAGGGGGAGAAUUAUAAGUCGACAGCCUCUAUCUCCCAUUGGUGAAGUAUUUGCAGAAGUUAGAAGAGAAGAAAGUCAUAGAAACAUGAUGCUUGGAAAAAGGGAGACUACUAUACCACUUGAGAGUUCAGCCCUAAUGACUUCUGAUGCCAAUAAAGCCCAGCUGAACUAUCAAGGACAAAAGUCUUAAGUGUGGUGUGAUUUCUGCAAAAAAGCAUGCCAUACUCUAGAAACCUGCUGGAAAAUUCAUGGCAAUCUGGCAAAUUGGUAGAGUAAAAGAUACAGCGAUAAGCCUAAUAAUGCUUUUUCCUCUACAAGUGAAGCUGAAAGGUCUGUUUAAUAAAGAGCAACUAGAUCAAGUUCUAAAACUGCUAAAAUCCAAUUCCUCAUCCGGUAUUCCUAGUGGUUCUCUCGCUCAAACAGGAAAAGGAAAAAUAAAAUUUCAAAAGGUUCGGGGUUGGAACUCGGGGAGGAUGAUUGGCAGUGCUAGGAUGAUCGACAACCUAUAUUAUUUUGAUGAUUAUUGUUCUACGAAUAAAACAGCUCAAUGCUUUAGUGGUAUUAGUUCAAGUUCUGUUCGUGACCAAAUUAUGUUUUGGCAUCAUAGAUUAGGACAUCCUAGUUUUUCCUAUAUAAAAUACUUGUUUCCAAAUCUGUUUAAAAACUUGAAUUGUUCAUCUUUUCAAUGUGAGAGUUGUGUUUUUAUCUAAAA